AUGGCGCGAGAGAGCGGGGCUGACACUUAUCCACAGGGAAAUUGCUGGCUCGAUAACGGCGGAGAGACCAUGUUUUACAUGUCAUGGCAGACGGUUGAACCAGCCAACAUCCCCAGUCUCGUCCAACGGUACUACACACCAACUAAGAGUACACAUCAAAGCAAAGGGUCGAAUACAGAGAUAUCUCAGAGUAGGAUUGCUAGUGGAGUGUAUCGUGAGUUGGUCCCAUACUUCAUUUGGAUAUCGGCCAGCAAGAUAGUCCUAGUGGACGAUCUGGGAGAGCUUUCCUAUGUCACCAGUGGCUCGGUUUACAAUAUUCGAUGA